AAGAAUAUGAGCACAUGACACUUGUACGGAAGCGCUGUGCGAUAAGGCGAUAAACCAUAAACAGACAACAACAAGAUGGCAUCACACCCGGGAGGAGGCGAUCAAGGCAUUACUAAAGACCAGAUACUGGAAGUAGGAGCCGUUUUGUUAAAAGAUUUCAUCUUUGAGCGUGUUCAGCGACAUGGAGACGGCAAUACUGAAGUGACCAGGGCACAGCUGGGUGGAGGAGAGCUGUGCGACCCAAACCACAAGAAGCUUGCCCAGUGCCUGCAGCAGAUUGGAGAUGAGCUGGAUGGAAAUGUAGAGCUCCAAAGGAUGAUAAACAACUCUUCACUCAGUCCCACAAAAGACAUGUUUAUGAAAGUUGCCAUUGAGAUCUUUUCAGAUGGAAAAUUCAACUGGGGCAGGGUGGUUGCACUGUUCUACUUUGCCUGUCGACUCGUCAUCAAAGCUCUUGUGACCCAAGUUCCUGAUAUCAUCAGAACAAUAAUCAACUGGACCAUGGAAUACCUCCGAGAAAAUGUGAUCAACUGGAUCAGGGAGCAAGGUGGCUGGGAGGGUAUUCGAUCUUACUUUGGCACACCCACAUGGCAGACGGUGGGAGUUUUCUUGGCCGGUGUUCUCACCACUGUUCUAGUCAUUCGCAAGAUGUGAGGGGUUUGUGAAGAGAUGAAGAAGAAGUACGCCUGUGGGAAAUGGGGACUAGAACAUGAGAG